AUGAUUUCCUCAAUCAUCGUGCUCAACAUCGGAAUAUAUCCUAUCAGCGACCUGACUUCCGAUGAAGUCAUAAUAACUACGGGGCAAUUAGAAGAGGCUAAGAAGCAGAAGCGCGAAGCUUUUCGUAAAAAGGCAGAACUUGAGGCCGCGCGUCGCUUGGAGACAGAACGUCUUGAGAACGAGCUUGCAGAACGUCAGCGUGAAGAAGCUGAGGCUCUUGCUAUAAAGCGGGCUGAAGAAGAGCUUCAACUUAAGAUAGUUGCAACUGUGUCACACUGUUAUACCCUGCUGCAUCAGAAAUUUUCACUCGAAUGA